AUGUCGGAACUACCUACUGUUUUAAACCAAUUAUUCAGUUAUAUUGAUGACAACAAAAGGGCAUAUAUUGAUGUCCUCCGAACUGCUGUUGCCAUAGAAUCGGUUUCAUUGUGGCCUAAUAAUUACGGCGAAGUCCAACGUAUGGUCGAAUGGACUGCAGACAAAUUAAAAGCUUUGGGUGCUGAUGUCGAAUUGACCGAUAUUGGUGAACAUGAAAUGAUGGUUGAUGGUAAAAGGAUACCGUUCCCAAAUGUUAUUCUCGCCGAUUUGGGCAAGGAUCCCAACAAGAAAACCAUCGUAGUUUAUGGCCAUUUGGAUGUGCAACCUGCCUCGAAGGAAGAUGGUUGGAAUACGGAACCAUUUGAAUUAACCGAAAAAGAUGGUAAGCUAUACGGUCGCGGCGCGACUGAUAACAAAGGACCAGUAGUUUGCUGGAUGAAUGUCAUUGAAGCGUACCAAAAACUCGGCAUUGAACUACCUGUCAAUGUAAAAUUUAUAUUUGAGGGCAUGGAAGAAAGUGACAGAGAUGAACUGCUAGUGAAUCUUGUGGAAGCGCGUAAAAAUGAUUUCCUCGCCAACACCGAUUUUGUGUGUAUCACCGAUAACUAUUGGCUGGGUAAGAAUCGUCCCUGCCUCGCGUAUGGCCUACGCGGUAUUGUAUGUUAUAACGUGGAAGUGGAAUGUGCGCGCCAAGAUUUGCACAGUGGUGUAUUUGGUGGCAGUGUAUAUGAGGCAAUGUCGGAUUUAUGCUGGUUACUAAGCACUUUGGUGGAUAAAGAGACCAACAUUACCAUACCCGGCAUUGAGAGAGAUAUUGUUCCUUUGCUGACCAACGAAAAUGAAAUGUAUGAAAGUAUUGAUUACGAUGUUCAAGAUUACAAAAAUGUUGUUGGCGCCAACAGAUUGCCACACAAUGAAGACAAAACACGUAUAUUAAUGGCCAGAUGGCGUUAUCCAGCACUGUCUAUACAUGGCAUUGAAGGUGCCUACUAUGAGCCUGGUUUCAAAACUGUUAUCCCAGGCAAGGUUAUUGGUAAAUUCUCGAUUCGAUUGGUACCCAAUCAAGAUAUUGAACAUAUAAACGAAUGUGUUACAAAGUAUUUAAAUGAGAAAUGGACUGAACGUGGGUCGCCAAAUAUAUUGAAAGUUUCUUUGGUUUCAACCGUCAAGCCAUGGACCGAAAAUCCCCAUCAUCCACAUUACGAGGCAGCUAAGACUGCGAUUAGACAUGUUUACAAUGUCGAACCUGAUAUGACACGAGAGGGUGGUUCUGUUUCUAUUGCAUUGUCUUUGCAAGAGGCCACUGGUAAAAAUGUUAUUCUAAUACCAUUGGGGGCUAGUGAUGAUGGUGCCCAUUCACAAAAUGAAAAGAUCGAUGUGUACAAUUAUAUUGAAGGGACUAAACUUUUGGGUGCUUAUAUGUACGAAGUGGGUAAAUUGUAA